AUGGCUCUAGAAGCCAUGAGAGUUCUUGCUGCUUUUGAGCGCAACCUUGCCGACGUCCUGGAAUAUGAGGAAUAUAUAUUCCUGAAUAAUAUCGAUCCAAUUGAUGUCUUCCCGAGGAUGCAAAAAGAUCAGGCUGAGACAUCAUCAAGCAUGUCUUCUGAGGAGGAGGAACAGAUGCAGGAGAAAGAGGAGGAGAUGGAACAGAAGGAGAAGGAGCAGAAGGAGGAGGAUCAUAAAGAGACGGAGAAAGAAAACAAUAAAGAAGAGGAGAAGAUGGACGAGAAGAGGGUGGAGGGUAAGAAGGAGGAGCUACAUAAGCAGGAGAAGAAGGAGGGGAAAGAACAGGAGCAAGAUGACGAGAAGGAGAGGCGGGAGGAGAUAGGGGAGGUAGAAUCCUGGAAGCAGAAGAAGAAGAUGGAGGAACAGAAGCAAGAAGAGAAUGAGGACCAGGAGGUAGUGCUAGACGGGGGCACUAGCCUGUCAUCAGCAGGGAAGGGGGAGGGGUGGAGUAAUUACAACAAAGAAAUUGGGUAA